AUGCGGCUGAAUGCACCCAACAUUCUGGUGCUAACUACAAAAUUACUUCUUUGUUGGGCACUUGGCAGCACUGUAGCAAAGGUCCCGUCUGUGUCCCUUUACCACAGUGAAUUUAAAGGGGUCAUCGACCAUUCCUGGGACGAUGGCUCUAGGAAUCUUAUAGUCCAGCUGAAGAGCACUGGAUUUGAUGUGCACAUCGCCGUCGAUGGCCAACCGGCCGGCCUCGGAAGCGCGGACGCUAUGGAUGCAUACAUCAUUCCAGCACAGAAUGGACAAGUUCUUUAUUCAAAUGCUGAGGACAUGGAACAAGUUGCCGCUUUUGUCAGCUCCGGUGGACUUGUGAUUAUUCUGGAUGCUGGCCUUGGCGAGGGCGCCGCAACAUGUGAUUUCGUUUCCAAGGCCUUAAAGUAUCAAGGCAAAUGGCUUAUGUGCAAGCAGUCUCACAUUACGGAGCCCCUGACGCGGCCGACCCUUAGCCGAUGGGCGUCGUCUUUCCUCCCGGACAUUCGCGGCUCAAUACCAUGGCCCCGAGAACUGGAGGUCUCUCCAGCUACAGGUCUCAGCACAUGGUGCCACCACGAGGACGUACACGCGGUCACAGUUCCACUUUAUGUCGCAGUGGCGGAUGACGACCGCGCGUUUCUCGCAGCUCAGGCGUUCAGCAAGGUCGGCAGCCCCGGCGCCGUGGUGUGGCUCGGUUACAGCUGGAAGGACGGGCCCCAGCCGCAAUGGGGCGCGCUGCUGAAGAAGCUCAUCACCGACUUCGCAAACGAUGCGCGGGGCUCUGCCUUCAGCGGCCACCCUGUCAACCCUGUUACCUCGGGCAAGUACGGCUUGAAGCCGCAGGCGACUAAGGACAUUGAGGAGGUGCAGGAAACCGUCUUCCAUAGGGCCCUGGCGGCGGCGGCGGGAACAAGUCGGUUCGACCACCACCCAAACGCAAAGGCAAUGAUGACCGCCGUCGCUCGCUUCUAG